AACAGAGUGAGACCCUGUCUCAAAAACAAACAAACAAAUAAACAAAAACCCCGAACCAAACCAAAUAGGAAAGGACAGAGAGUCAUAGAGAGACACCCAGAGUUAGACCAAGAAAGAAUGAGGCUGAGAGUUAGAAGGAGAGACGGAAAGAGAGGAGACAGACUGAGUCAGACAGAGGGUGAGACAGGGAGGGGUAAUGACAAGGGUGGACAGACACUGAAGGACAGGGAUAGAAAGGCAGACAGAAGAACAACAAGACAGAAAGAGAGAAAGAAGCCAAACAGGAGACGGUGACAGACAGACCCACAGUGGCCCCGGCGGGCCCCACGGGCAGGGAUUCUGCUGUGCUGUCAUUGGGCGCAAUGCUGAGAGAGAUGUCCCAGCCCUGCCAUUUGGCUUGAUCAACUCUGGGGGCUUCCCCUGACCCCAAAGAGGGUCUUCCAGCCACAGAAUGGAAAAGAGUGCAAGCUCUAGGAAGGAAGGUUUCUGGGGAAAGAGUGGUGAGCGGGGUGUGUACAGUAAUCUCUGGCAAUUCUCCCCCUGGCUCAGUCACUGGCCCCGGCAUGUCAUGUGGCCUCUCUGGACGUCCUUUGGACGUGGUGGAUCAGGGGUCUCUGAGGUCUCCUUCAGCCUUACAAUCUGGCCUUAGCGCAGGCUCUGUCUUUGCAGCUAACUUACUUCUCUAUCCUACUUAACUCAUGACCUCCACCUUGCAGUCCAAUGUGGCUGCUUGAGAUCCAGCCAUCACAGCUGCAUGGUAGCCAGAGGAGGAAGGGGUAAAGAAAACGUCUCUCUUUUGAGAAUACAUACUUAGAGUUAUGCUCAACACUGCGCUUUCCAUCUCACUGUCCAAUACUUGGCCUGAGGGCUACAUCUAGCCUCGAGGGAGGCGGGGAAUGUGCAGUGCCGGCCGGCGACAGGAUCCAUUUCACACAGCUCAGAGAUGCCUUCACAGCUCCUUACUCACAGCAGGCAUAUUACAAAAAAUUACACAUGCGAUGUAAGUUUUUAAAUAUACAUUUCAAACAAGCGAAAACCCUCCUUCAUUUUUCUAGACUCAUCCCUCCCCUAAGUGUGACCACUGUGAACAGUUUGCUGUGUGUCUGCCAGAUUCACUUUUUAUAUAUACACACAUACACACAUAUGUCUCCCUAGUUAAAGAAGAUCUGAUGGAUCACGAUUUAUGUAUUGUUCAGCAAUUUGCUUUCUUGGCUACUGUUGCCUGGCAAUAUACCUUAGAGGUUCCACCGUGUCAGUCCACAGGGAGGUACCUCAUUCUUUUUAACAGCAAAAUAGCACUUCACAUGUAGACUUGCCGAAGCUUACCGAUGGACGUUGGGCUUGUUGCCGACGUUUUGCCCUGACGAGCAGCCCUGGGCGUCUCCUCUGCGCGGAUAUGCAAGCAUUCCUUGAGCACAAGUGCUUAGAAAUGAGCCAAAGACGGGAGCCCCAAGCCCAGGAGGUACCUUGGACUCCAAGAAGUGGGGUCAGCCUUCCAGCUGGAGCCAUGCGGCCACCCAGGAUCCAUGGAUCUUCAACCCAGCCUGCCCCUGCCUUCACCAGGGUAUGGGCAAACAGCCCUCCUGGCGAGGCCUCCCUGACACCGCGUCUAACACAGCCCUCCUGUGUGUCUUCUCUCCCCACGUCAUCGUCCCUCCCAGCACUCCAGCCACGCUGUGUCCCCGCGACCCCACUGCAUGUCAAGUUCCAUGCGGUGCGGGCAGAACGUUGCCAGGCACACAGUCAGCACGAGGGACGUUUGCUGAAUGAAUGAAUGAACACAAUGGCCCAAGGCAGGCAGAGUUAAGCUCCUUCCAAGCAAGCACAUGGUGUCGGAUAGGCCUAGAGACCCGCCAGGGACAUCUCUGCUUUGUAGAGGGGUGAGCUCCCUGUCUGGAACAGGACUCCAACUGGAGAUUUGAAAUCAGAUAGGAGUUGGUUGCUCGGCAGGUAAAGGUCUGGGGCCCCGAGCGGUGAAGGGCUCUGGUGUUGGAGCAGGGGCUCCGGAAGCCCAGCGGUGGACCCCAGGGCACACAGCCUGUUCGGGACAGGGACAUGCCCACAGAUGAACGAUGGUCACCAGAACAAGCAAUGGCUUUGCCAGACUCAAUUUCCAGACCCCCUCUGACCCCGGGCCAGGUGCUGUGCAUUAGGGCAUGGAGGCGGGACGGGAGGAAGGGCCAGCCUGCUGCCCUUGGAGCUCACUCCCAGGCCUGGGGGCGAGGUUUGCCCCACCCCGAGGGAUCAGAGGGACCAGUGUGGGCUCCUGCUUGGCAUCAAGUAAAGUUCAGGUUCAGCUCUGAGUCAGCAGGCACGGGCAUCUCUGUGCGACGGGGGAGGGGAGCCAGAGCCCUCUUCCUGGAAGAGGGGCCAUUUGGGAAGGAGGGGAGGGACCAAGGCUGAUCGAGCACUCAGGCUCUAAUCCUGCCCUGCGGGUGCCACCGAGUGUGGAGUUCUAGCCCUGGCUGCUCCUUGCGCUGUCCCUCCACCCCAGCACUUUCCCCUCUCCCACGCCCUCAGCCUGCCCCUCUGCCCGGCAGACUCUUCCCUGCUGCAGACCUCCGCUGACAGCCUAUUUCCUCAGAAUCCCCCAGCUCGGCCAGUUCUGUCAUCCACAUGCGGUCCCCACGGGAGUGCCAGGUCACCCUGUGCUUUCCCUUUGUCACCCUCAGGCUACUGAGGCUACUUACUUUGCUCUUCCCCCCUGGAAUCUCUCACAUCCCACAGCCCAGAACAGUGCUGGCACACAGCAGGGCUCCAUUAAUUUAUGUUAAACGAACAAGUGAAUGAAUGUCUUUUCAAAAAAGCUGUUGAAUGAUUAUGCCUUAGCUGGGUGGGGCCAGGACCCAAGCCCCUUGUGGGGUUGGAAGGAUAGGGGCCCUCAAAGUUUCAGGCCAGGGCUAGUGGCCUGAGGACUUCUGUCUGCCCUCUUCUGCACCUUGCCCCUCCCUGGGGGCUGGGCCCAGGGAGAGGGGAGGGAGUGGGCCAGAGGUCGGGCUCCUUAGUGGAGGGAGGAUGAGGAGGAGCCCUCUCCUCCCCUCCCCCACCGCCAGCAGGAGGGGGAGGCAGGCGGGGCUCUUCUUGCUUGCCCAUGGGUCUGGUUGUGUUUAAAGAACAUCCGCCCCGUGGGGGUGAGUUAUCUCCUUGUGAAAUCAAGUCGCAGGAACAAAAAGGGUUUACUAGUGAGACACAUGUUGCCGCCUUCGUGGAAACCCCAAGAGAAGGAAUGGACAGACUCCCUGUCCCUGCCUCCACCCCCGGCCCAGCCCCCGUGGUCUGUCUCCUUGGGUUGCUGCAAGGCUGGGCUCACAUGAGGGCCACUGCAGAUGUGGCCGGCAAAGGCUGGGAGCUCUGGGCAGGCGCUGAAGGCAGGAGAAGGACGGAGAAUGUCGUCAGAGGCCGCAGGGAACCAGAGCUCCUCCGGGGCAGCGGAUGACGACUCCUGGUACCUUGACGAGGCCCCCGGGGCCGAGGAGAUCCAGCCGGAGGGGGCAGUGCCCUCCUGCAACCCCAGUGUGCCGCCCGGCCUGCCCCACGCCUGCCUCGCCUCGCUGUCGAUCUUCGUGCUGCUGCUGCUGGCCACGCUGGGGAGGCGCCGCCGGCUCCGGCCCGACUGUGGGCGCUGCAGGCCAGGCCUGCCCAGCCCUGUGGAUUUCUUGGCUGGGGACAGGCCCCGCACAGUGCCUGCUGCUGUCUUCGUGGUCCUCUUCAGUUCCCUGUGUUUGCUGCUCCCUGACAAGGACCCGCUGCCUUUCCUGAGCCUCGCCUGGCCGCCCAGCCCAGAUGGGGAAACUGAGACUCCAAGAGGGCCCUGGAAGAUGCUGGGGCUGCUCUAUUGCGCGGCCCUCUGCUAUCCGCUGGCCGCCUGUGCCACGGCUGGCCACAGAGCCGCACACCUGCUCGGCAGCGUGCUGUCCUGGGCCCACCUUGGAGUCCAGGUCUGGCAGAGGGCAGAGUGUCCCCAGGCACCCCAGAUCUACAAGUACUACUCCCUGCUGGCCUCCCUACCUCUGCUUCUGGGCCUCGCAUUCCUGAGCCUUUGGUACCCGGUGCAGCUGGUGAGGAGCUUCAGCCGGACAGGCUUCGAGGGGCUGCGGAGCAGCGACUCUGAGGAAUACCUGAGGACCCUCCUUCGCAGGAAGACGCUGGAGAGCAGCUCCCCCUCCCCCAAGCAUGGCUUUCUGCCCUGGGCCUGGGCCUGCCUCCGACAGUGCGUCUACACUCCACAGAGAGGAUUCCGCCUCCCCCUGAAGCUGGUGCUUUCAGCCACCCUGACAGGGACGGCCAUUUACCAGGUGGCCCUGCUGCUGCUGGUGGGCGUGAUCCCCACCAUCCAGAAGGUGCGGGCAGGGGUCACCACGGACGUCUCCUACCUGCUGGCCGGCUUUGGGAUCGUGCUAUCAGAGGACAGGCAGGAGGUGGUGGAACUGGUGAAGCACUAUCUGUGGGCUCUGGAAGUUUGCUACAUCUCAGCCUUGGUCUUGUCCUGCUCACUCACCAUCCUGGUCCUGGUCCGCUCGCUGGCAGCACACAGGGUCAACCUUCGAGCUCUGCACCGAGGGGCUGCCCUGGACCUGGGUCCCCCACCCCGGAGCCCCCACCCCUCCCGCCAAGCCAUAUUCUGUUGGAUGAGCUUCAGCGCCUACCAGACUGCCUUCACCUGUCUUGGGCUCCUGGUGCAGCAGAUCAUCUUCUUCCUGGGGACCACAGCCCUGGCCUUCCUGGUGUUCGUGCCUGUGCUCCAGGGCAGGGGCCUCCCGCUCCUGCGCUUCCUGGAGUCCUCGUGGCCCUUCUGGCUGACUUUGGCCCUGGCUGUGACCCUGCAGAACGUGGCGGCCCACUGGCUCUUCCUGGAGACUCAUCACGGACGUCCAGAGCUGACCAACCGGCGAGCACUCUACGCAGCCACCUUUCUUCUCUUCCCCAUCAAUGUGCUGGUGGGCGCCGUGGUGGCUGCAUGGCGAGUGUUCCUCUCUGCCCUCUACAACGCUGUCCACCUCGGCCAGACAGACCUCAGCCUGCUGCCCCCAAGAGCCGCCACUUUUGACCCCGGCUACCACACAUACCGCAACUUCUUGAAGAUUGAAGUCAGCCAGUCGCAUCCGGCCAUGACAGCCUUCUGCACCCUGCUCCUGCGAGCACGGAGCCCCCGGCCCUGGACCCUGCCAGUCCCCCAGGACAGCCUCAGGCCAGGGGAGGAAGAAGGGUUACAGCUGCUACAGCCAAAGGACCCCAUAACCAAGGGAGCAGCACCCAGGGCCGGCUGCGGCAGGGCCCGCUGGGGCCUGGCCUACACGCUGCUGCGCAACCCAGCCCUGCAGGCCUUCCGGAAGACAGCCCAGCCAGGCGCCCGGGCCAACGGCACCCCGCCCUGAGGGCAGGGGACGCAGACCCACCUGCCCUUCUGUGCCGUGGCGCGUUCCUGCCCACCACCCCACUCCUGCCCUGGCUCUCCCAGCACCGCUGCAGCCCCAGCAGCCAGCCUGCCCUGCGCACAGCCCUGCCGCAGGUCCCCGGGGACCCCCGCGGUUGGGUGGACGUCUGUCUCCUCUGUGCACCUCAGGGGGCCUCUGCUCUGCCCCCGUGCCUGGAGCACCAGCCGGAGCCCUGGAGAAAGCGAAGGGUGCCUUGGACCCUUGGGGCAGGAGCCAGUGGAGCUGGGCAGCCACUUGCAGGCCCCUCCCCACCCUGGCUCUGCCGCCAGCCUUGCAGAGCCUCCCUGAAGCCUUCUCUGGAUCGGACAGGGUAGGUGAUGCAGGGCAUAGCUGCCUUGCAUUCCGGCUCAGCCCCACUCCAGCCUUGCCUUUGUGCCUCCAAGCCAGCCACGGCGCUUCCUCUCUCCCCAAGCUCCCUGUCUCCCUAGGGUGUGGCUGGAAGUCUCCGGGGCCUCUGGCCUGCAAGGCCGCCCAAGCCACGACUCAGGCCAGGCCCCAUACCGAGCUGCCCACACUUGAGAGCCAGGUAUUUUUGUAGUUUUUGUGCCUGUAGCUAUUAUGAAAAAGGUUAGUGUGCUCCUGUAAUAAACUUGUUCCUGAGAAA